ACAUAUAUUGCAAUAUAUUUUAUCUUCCAAAAGAAUAUAUCUCCCUUUCUUGUUUAUAUAUUAUAUUAAUAUUAUAUUCCGUCCAGCGUCGGCAUAGGCCUGCCUCUCUUCUUUUAUCACCUCCCACCCAAAAUCUCAAGCCACACCUGAAAAAGAAAAUGGCGAUUUCUGCAGCGGCGGCAGUCAGCAUCAACAUCAAAACGUCGCCGUAUUGUUCAUCCUCCAAUUCGAAGCUCGCCCAAUUUUCCUCACUUCAGUUCCCCUCGGAGCUCCGCAUUUCUAGAAUUCGGAACCACCGCCUCAAAUCGAAGCCCCGCCCACGAACACUUACGCUGGUUGCAUCAACGAAGCAGAGUUUUACUUCGUUUGCUGAGUUGCUGGAGAAAUCUGAUAAGCCAGUGUUCGUUGACUUCUAUGCUACUUGGUGUGGUCCUUGCCAGUUCAUGGUUCCGGUUCUUGAACAGGUCAGCGCUUCGAUGAUUGAUAAGAUUCAAGUCGUGAAAAUUGACACGGAGAAGUACCCCAGCAUUGCAAAUGAGUACGACAUAGCAGCGUUACCAACUUUCAUCUUGUUCAAGAACGGAAAACCACACGAUCGUUUUGAGGGUGCAAUGGGUGCAGACCAGCUCAUCCAACGAAUCGAGGCUUCGCUCAGUAAAGAGUAACAAUUGAAAUACUCCAAUUUCUUAGGAUUUAUUGUGAUUUAACAAUUGAAAAAGGACAUGGAUGAUGUCAGCACCCAUUUACUCGACCGAGUUGUGCCUUCAAACAAAGGUUAUUAAGUCUUCAUUCGAUGCAUCAAACAAAGCCAAACAGGUUCAAAAUCAUGUUUUUACUUGUUUCGUUUUUUUUUUGUAACUCAGAUACAUGUUAAGAAAAUGAACUUCACAAUUGCUCAAAUUGACCUGUUAUUUAUCACAUUCUUGAUAUAUUACAUUUCGUGAUAGUUUAUAUCU